AUGUCUUCCGCUAUGAACGAGACGGUAUCUUCUAACCAGAACUGGAAGAAGGCGGGCCGUAAGACAAAGCGCGGCAAGCCCACCGGUCGUCGUGAGGUCGUCGAGAAGUACAAGGCGAUUGGCUUGGACACUCUCGGCUGCGGGAACCGCAAGCAGCAGGCGAUCCGGGGCCGCGUUUUCGGCUACGUAUUCAAUGAGCCCUCUAUUGUCGCCCCCAUGCUCGCCAAGGAGCGCCGCCGCGCCAACAAGCCUGCCCUCCAGGACCAGCUCCUUUCUUUGGAGAACAAGGAGUCUCAGGAAGAGUCUUGGCACGAGGCCCGUGGAGAGGUUAUCGAAAUGAUGGACGGGAUCUGCCGCGAGAACUCGCGCGGGAGGGCCCAGAAGCUUGGGCUUGAGCCGUGGUACUUUGAGCUUCCCCGGGGCCUUGAAGAUGUCGACUGGUUCGGCUUUGACUACGGCCACCUUUCCGGUGAGUUCUGGGACAACCUCAAGGGAGUCAUUGGAUGGGCUCGGGAACAAGGCAACUAUGUCGAUUUUGAACAGGCAGCGUGGAUGGCAGCCCCGCACUUCGGCGGCGAGGAUUGCUUUAUUUGUAAGAAGAUGGCUGAGUAUGGAGAGCUAGGCUAUUGUCGGUGGAUAGGCUAA